AUGGGUCUAAAAUGCGCACAUCUUCUUGCGAUUAUAUUCGCGUUUGGCGUGUUAGGAGCGAUAAUUUUAAGUUUCUUUACGGUGACACUCUCAAAGAUAGAACCGGUACGAGAUCGUUUGACUGGAUAUCCGACAUGGCAUGGGGUUUUUCAAGGAUUUGAUAGACAGAAAAAUGACACAAUGGGCACUUUCAUAGCUGUUAUAAUGCUCGUGGUUGGUGUGAUUGGCUUGAAACUGGUUCUCAAUCCACCGGCAAAGCCCAGCCUUAUCACUAAAUUUUACACCGUUUCCGAUGAUCCUGAUGAUGAUAACCAAGAAAGCGCCAUUUCCGAAGUGUCAACAAUUGGUUUCAAUCUUUCACUUGUAACUUACGCUUUGGUUACAUCCAUUACAGCAAUUGCAGGUGUAAUAUUUGAUAUAGGAAAGUUAUGGAGUGCUAUUGGAGUAUUUCAUAACACUAUUGAAAUCAUUAUUUUGCUCUUGAUUGGAAGUGGUGGUAGAAUAACAAACGUUUCAUACUUUGUGUGGGUGCUAAUUUAUAUCGUAUCCACUGCCG